AUGGAGCGGCCCAACACUUUCGUGCCAAAGGGCGAGGUGCACGAUCUCAUCGUAUCCUGUUUACAUUUUACUGAUGCACUGCCCCUGCGCGCGGCAUCUACUGCUCACGUGAAGAGUGCAGAUGCAUGCGGCGACAUUCAAGACUACUUGAAGUGGAGGCUUCCCUCUUCCUCGUCCUCUGUGGCCGUUUCUGGUGGCCCGACGAAGCUCUUGCUUAGUGCCAUGGGUCAUAGCCGGUGGAAGAUUUCCAAGAAACGUAGUGGGGUGUUCGAUGUUGAGAGCGAUGAGGUCGAGGUUCCGUUCCGUUGGCUACAUCUUGGCCGGAAGUGUGCGAGGACAGGGCUUUCGGGGUUUGGGGGUUUGGGGGUUUAG